CGAGCCUGCCCUGAACGCUCAUUUGUGGCUCGCGUCGCGCUCCCUUCGCCUUCACGCCUCUUCUUGCGACCAUGUCUGGCUUCGACGCAGAACGCACGUACUCGGUCCGCUCAAACCGCCCCCUCAGGAAGGAGCCCGACACGUCCAUCGAGCUCCCGUCCAACUCUGAGAAGCUCCUCCUCGACUUCCUCCUCCAGUACCGCGUCGGCAACGACUUCAUCUACCGUGACAAGCUACGCGCAAAUCUCCUCCUCAAGCAACAUCAAAUCGAGGUUGACCUCCGCCAUGUAAGCUUGUACAACGACGAACUUGCGCACGUCAUCCAGGAGAAGCCGGGCGAGAUCCUGCCAUCUUUCGAGGCUGCAGCUGCGAGGGCGGCGAGAACCAUCCUCUUCCCCCUCACCAGCAACUCCGAGGACGCCAAAGAGGCCAUCCCCAACGUCCAGGUCCUUCUCAAGUCCGGCCUCAACCUCCAGCAGUUCCGCGACCUCACCGCCAACACCAUGAACAAGCUCGUCCGCAUACCCGGCAUCGUCAUCUCCGCCUCCGUCCUCUCCUCCCGUGCCACCAAGCUGCACCUCCAGUGUCGUGCCUGUCGCUCCACCAAGAUCAUGUAUCCCCCAAGCGGGCUAGGGGGCUUAGGAAGCGGGUCAGACAGAGGACUGCCUCGACGGUGCGAGGCCCCAGAGAUAGAGGGCCAAAAGAAAGAUUGCCCGCUCGACCCGUACCUCAUCAUCCACUCCAAGUCGACCUUCACCGACCACCAGACGCUGAAGCUGCAAGAGGCCCCGGACAUGGUCCCCGUCGGAGAGCUGCCCCGUCACAUGCUGCUCUCAGCAGACAGACACCUCACCGGCCAGGUCGUACCCGGCGCGCGCGUCAUCGCCACGGGCAUCUACUCGACCUUCCAGUCGGCGAAGAACAAAUCGAAAGGCGCAGCCGCCCUCCGAGACCCCUACCUCCGCCUGGUCCACCUCGAGGUGUCCUCCCCGGCCGCUGGGGGCGCGGGCGGUGCGAACCCCUUCGGCGCGCAGUUCACCCCGGAGGAGGAGGAAGAGUUCGGCGAGAUGGCGCGCAGCGAAGGCUUCUACGAGCGGUUCGCCAAGAGCGUCGCCCCCAGCAUCUUUGGCAGCUUAGACAUCAAGAAGGCCAUUACGUGCCUCCUUAUGGGAGGCUCGAAGAAGAUCCUGCCGGACGGCAUGCGUCUCCGAGGGGACAUCAACGUCCUCCUGCUGGGCGACCCGGGUACGGCCAAGUCGCAGCUGCUCAAGUUCGUGGAGAAGGUCGCCCCGAUCGCCGUGUACACCUCCGGCAAGGGCUCGAGUGCGGCGGGUCUCACGGCGUCCGUCCAGCGCGACUCUGUCUCGCGCGAGUUCUACCUGGAAGGUGGCGCGAUGGUGCUCGCGGACACGGGGGUCGUGUGCAUCGACGAGUUCGACAAGAUGCGGGACGAGGACCGCGUCGCGAUUCACGAGGCGAUGGAGCAGCAGACGAUUUCUAUCGCGAAGGCGGGCAUCACUACGGUGCUGAACUCGCGCACGAGCGUGCUCGCGGCUGCGAACCCCGUGUGGGGCCGGUACGACGAGGGGCGGAGUCCGGGAGAGAACAUCGACUUCCAGACGACGAUCUUGUCGCGGUUCGACAUGAUCUUCAUCGUCAAGGACGAGCACAACGAGCAGCGCGAUCGGAUGAUCGCGAAGCACGUCAUGAACAUCCACAUGAACCGUCCAAACCAGAACGGGGACGAGAACGGCGAGAUCGUGGGGGAGAUCGACAUCGACAAGAUGAAGCGGUUCAUCGCCUUCUGCAAGGCGAAAUGCGCACCACGACUGUCUGCCGAGGCGCAGGAGAUGCUCAGCAGCCACUUUGUCUCCCUCCGGAAGCAGGUGCAGCAGGUCGAGCAGGACAACGACGAGCGCAGCUCCAUCCCCAUCACCAUCCGCCAGCUCGAAGCCAUCAUCCGCAUCUCCGAGUCCCUCGCGAAGCUCACGCUGUCGCCCGUCGUGCAGAAUCACCACGUCGACGAGGCGAUCCGUCUCUUCAAGUUCUCGACCAUGGACGCCGUGUCCGCGGGCUCGGCCGACGGCCUGUCGCGCGGGGCGCUGAACGAGGAGAUGACGAAGAUCGAGAAGGAGAUCCGGCGGCGGCUGCCGAUCGGGUGGAGCACGAGCUACCAGAGCCUCGUGCGCGAGUUCGUGACGCAGCAGGGGUACUCGAGCCACGCGCUGGAGCGCACGCUGUUCGUGCUCGAGAAGAGGGAGGUCGUGCGGUUCUCGGGGCAGAAGAAGGUCGUGCAUCGCGUCGGCGUUUGAGAUACUGGGGAGUCGUCGGUCUUGUUUUCGGUCUGCUAUCGUGUCAUGCUGUAGAGUCUCAUGUAGCUGUAUUGUCCUAAUGCGUAAUGUACCAAUAUACUAUUAUUAUUCAC